GCCAGAACAACGCAGCCUAUCUCUGUCAGGAGCUGCCCUGUCAGAGAGCAAGGCAGGCUGAGGGGAAGGCACCGGAGGACUGAGAGGAUGGGCAACUCCCUGCUGAGGGAAAACAGGUGGCAACAGAACACUCAAGAGAUACCCUGGGAUCUGAGAAACCAAAACCUCAAGCAGAGAACAUCCAGGUGCUGGGGCCGCCACAUGGCUGAAGGGUGUUUCUGCCUCCCCUGGAAAAAGAUGCACAUUUUUAAGGCCAGGCAAGAUUUCCCAAAGGAAGGUAAACUUACACUUUCAAACUGCCCCUUCUCUCAGGACAACGCUGACCAGAACUCUGCAGAGGAGCUGUGCUACACCCUCAUCGAUCACAGGGCCCUUGGCAGGAGGCCAUCAGGGAACUCUGCCGAGGAGUACUAUGAGAACGUUCCCCGCCAAGUCCGGAGGCCCAGAGAGUCGCUGAGAGGAACCGAGACUGAGUACUCACUUCUCCAUGUGCCUCUCUCCCCUAGGCACCCACCUGCCCCAGAAGGUGAAUAUGAGCUUCUCAGUGCCCAGUAGAAUCUCUUCUCCUGCCCUGCAAAAGCCACGUCCACAUACACGCCCCUCUGAGGCUGAGUUUUCCCAUCCAUAAUGAAGCAGUGCGCCAACAUGUGUUCCACACCAGCACAUAACAGCUGGGGGUGGGGAGCUCUGCUUAACUCCCCCACCCUCACCGCCACCUGCACACAACAGCCCUUUCUACAGGGAUUUCUGCAGAACAUGGUUUGUAAAUCACAGGGCUUCUUAGAUCCUACUCAAUAUUCAACAUCCCAAAACUGACCAAUGAUCCUGAAGCCGCUCUUUGAGAAGGGAAGGACCAUAUUUGGCUCCAAAUGGCUUUGGAAAUGGCUGCUGUGCUCAGAGGCAGGUGGGGCUCCCUGGUCACAAUGGUUUUUGCUCCUCUGUCCAGGUUCUUAUAAAAUGUCCACACAGUUGUCCUUUGAAGCCACAAGGAAUUCAUUCAUUCCCACACGUGUCUGUGGGCCCACCUCCUCACUCCUAGCCUUCCAGGUGGGCGCCUGUAUGUUCUGCUCACU